AGGGCACCAAAUCAACAGCUUCACCUAAUGCUGUCGCCGUAGCACUAAGCCGUGCGCCAACCUUGCGGUGCUCCUGCCUCGCUGUUGCUGUCGCGCCCAUGGACGCCAUGGACAGCAAGAGCAAGGGGAGCAAGAAGCAGGCCAAGAGCCUGCUCGGCAAGUACGAGCUGGGCCGCCUGCUGGGGCGCGGCACGUUCGCCAAGGUCUACCUCGCGCGCCCGGUCGCCGGCGGCGAGCCCGUGGCGGUGAAGGUGCUCGACAAGGCCGAGGUCAUGGGCACGGCUGGCAUGGCGCCGCGCGUGCUCCGCGAGGUGACCGCCAUGCGCCGGCUGCACCACCCCAACGUGCUCCGCCUCCACGAGGUGCUUGCCACGCGCGCCAGGAUCUACCUCGUCAUGGAGCUCGCGCCGGGCGGGGACCUGCUCUCCAGGCUCGCCGCGCUCCCGCGGCGCCGCCUGCCCGAGCACGCCGCGCGCCGCGUGUUCGUGCAGCUCGUCUCCGCGCUCUCCUACUGCCACGCGCGCGGCGUCGCGCACCGCGACGUCAAGCCGCAGAACGUCCUCCUCGACGGCGACGGUAACCUCAAGGUCUCCGACUUCGGCCUCUCCGCGCUCCCGGACUCGCUCCGCGACGACGGCCGUCUCCACACCGCCUGCGGCACCCCGGCCUACGCGGCGCCCGAGGUGCUCCGCCGCAAGGCCUACGACGGCGCCAAGGCCGACGCGUGGUCCUGCGGCGUCAUCCUCUUCGUCCUCCUCGCCGGGCACCUCCCCUUCGACGACUCGAACAUCGCAGACAUGUGCCGGAAGGCGCACCGCCGGGAGUACGAGUUCCCGGAGUGGGUGUCGCAGCCAGCGCGCCGGCUGGUGAAUCGCUUGCUCGACCCGAACCCGGCCACCCGCGUCGCCGUCGAGGCGCUGGUGACGCACCCGUGGUUCAAGCGCUCGCUCAGCGUCGACUCGCAGCUCGGUGGGCUGCUCAACGGCCAGCCGGAGCGCGCGCUAGCGUUCCAGGCGCCGGCGGUGAACGCCUUCGACAUCAUCUCCAUGUCACCGGGGCUCGACCUGUCCGGCUUGUUCGACAAGAGGAACCGAGAGAAGAGGUUCAUGACCAUGGCGUCGCCGGAGCAGACGCUGGAGCAGCUCGGGCGCGCCGGCGGGAAGCUCGGGUACGUCGUGGUGGGGAAGAAAGGACUCGAGUGCCUGCCGCUAGGGGGCCUGUCAGGCUCAGGGCUGGCCGCGAUGACAGUUGAGAUGUCCGAAGUGGCACCGCCCCUGAUGCUCGUCGAGCUGAGGCUCGAGGUGGCCGACGGCGACGGCAAAACGUUCGGGUGGGAGGAGCUGAGGCGUGAGCUUGGAGAUGUAGUUAGGGCUUGGCAUAGCUGCCAAGAUUUCUGACAAGACCAGACACCAGAGGGCUGCUUGUAAAUCACAAUAAAUUCUUUUUUGUUCUUUUGCAGCCUGGAGGACUGUACUGGAGGUGUGUACCCAUAAUAUGUUAGUGUGGUUAGUUAAUAUUUGCUGCUUAGAAUUAUAUAUGGUGCUGUAGAGAUGUUUGUUGUUCUUAUGUAUGUGGAGAUAUAUGAGCAAAAUGGUCUAUUUGUAGUGAACAUAUACAUAUUUGGAAAUUAUGGCACACCUUAAAUAAAGAUGUUGUAAUGAAAAA